AUGGAUGCUGAUGGGUACUACGUGGUCCGCUAUUGGAAUAUGUAUUUCAAAUCACACCACGGUUCUGGGGGUCAUCCAGAGGGGCUUGGCUUAAAGGUGCUUCAACUCAUACGACAGCCCAAUGCCAUUGCGACCUAUCGACAGGCGUUUGGAGAAAUGCUGGAUGGGUUGAAGAGUCCUUCGCAUUCUCUAUUACUGAUAGAAAAUGGUGAUGAUUUUGACUUGAAGCCCGGACCCUCCUGGCAUUGGCCAGAAACUUACGAUUGGAACUAUGAAAUCGAUCUUGAUCGCAAUAUCUUCCACGUGUGUGGCAUGCCUUUCUUCUCCUUGGAAUGCCUUCCAGAUGAUAACACUUUUAUCCAAUACAUCACCCAUGUGUCCGAAGAAGAAGCCGUCGAUCGUAUCUCCAAAGAUCAUUACGGCCACACAGCUUGCUCAUUGAGAUGCCCCCCUGAGCACAAGUACAAGAAGCCCCCACCGCCAGUUGUGGACAAUUCUGACCUCGUGACGUACCAGUCUUUGAUGUGCACUGGAUCUCAGGUGGCUUUGAGCGAUUUGCUCGCCAAAAGUGACAUCUUGUCUGAAGACGAGCACGUUUGAGUCACAUUGCUAGAGGUCAUAAUUGGACAGUGCAUGGUUAGCUCAACCAUUGGCAAGGAAAUUUAUGAAAUAGAGCUGUUAAAAGACCACAAUC